AUGGUGCGUGGUAUCCCGCAUACUGAGAAGCUUUUCAUAGGAAGAGAUUUCAACGACCACAUUGGAGCAACGUUUCGGGGAUAUGAUAAUGUGCAUGGUGGCUUUGGUUUUGGAGAUAGAAACAGAGGAGGAACAUCUAUGCUGAACUUUGAUAGAGCAUUUGAUUUGGUGAUAGCAAACUCAAGUUUCCUGGAGAAGAGGGAGCACUUGGUCACCUUUCAGAUUUUGAUGGCCGAGACUCAGAUCGAUUAUUUACUCUGCAUGAAGUCUGAUAGAGGUCUUUGCACGGAUUGCAAGGUCAUCCGAGUGAGAACCUCUCGACCCUUCAUAGGCUCCUGGUCAUGGACCUUGAGAUCACGAGGAAGAGGAUGA